AUGGAAACAUUACACGAGGGUUCCGAGUUCGAGGUCCCCGUGCGGCCAAUUCAAGACCAGGCCGAAUCUCAAAAAGAAUUCCAGUGGCAAGGCAUUACCAGGUUCUUCGGCAAGAGGAAGGAAUCACUGUCCAAUGCCGCCAGCUUCCCAAAGUACAACUUCUCCAUCAGGAAAGAAUACAUUUACAAAAUCAACCAGCAGAUCCUGUCUGAUAUCUCCACCAAGGUGGGCUCCGUCUAUCCUUUCGUGGACAGUGAGUCCACAGACGUGACAGAGUUCUUCGUGUCGACGGGUUACAGUUACCGGGGACUACUGUUCCCCUCCUUAAACCAAUCCUUCAGAUCUAAGGAGCUGGAGAAAUUGUACCAACGCUACUUCGCUCGCCAGCGGCGGAAUUCUGUCGUGAUGAUGAACCUGAUAGACUGCUUGACCAAGUUCACUAUUCUGGUCGUGUAUUAUUUCCUAUCGCCCCAGCUGAUCGAACCUGUGAAGAGUGGGCUAACGGGCCUCAUCAUCCUCUUCUCAGCGACGCUGUGUUUAAUGGUCCAGGCUGGCAAGGACGCCGUCUCGCACAACUACCUGCAAUACAUUGGCCUCGCCACCUGGUUCUACCAGACUCUGCAGAUUCUCCUGGUGGUGGGGGUGGGCUUGAAGACCAACGAGACGUGGUACAUUCUCUACAUUGUGUUCGGCACCUAUACCAUGCUGCCCCUCCCGCUGCUCUGGAGUAUCCUAGCCGGUACCCUCUCAUCAGUCGGCCACCUACUCAUCGAGGGAUUCCGCUACUCACAAGGUGUCAUUUUCGCUCACCAGAUCUCUGUCAAACUGCUUCUGCUGGCUUGCAUGAACAUCAGCAGUCUCUUCAUCAGUUACCUCACUGACCGGGCACAGCGAUUGGCUUUCCUGAAGACUAGACAGAGUAUUGAUGGCAGGCUGCAAUUGGAGAAAGAAAACGAAAGACAGGAGAAGUUGGUACUGUCCGUGCUUCCACAGUUUAUGGUGCUCGAGAUGACUCAUGACAUGUCUGAAGAGGUGAGAAGGCUACGAGGUUUCCACAAGAUCUAUGUGCACCAGUAUGAGGACGUCAGUAUAAUAUUUGCAGAUAUCAAGGGUUUCACCAACUUAUCGAUUGUUCUUCCACCACAUGAACUGGUCCACCUGUUGGAUGAACUCUUUGGGCAGUUUGAUGACCUUGCUGAGAAGCAUGGCUGUAUGCGAAUUAAGAUCCUUGGGGACUGCUACUAUGCGGUGGCUGGAUUGCCUGAACCACGCACUGACCACGCUCACUGCUGUGUGGAACUGGGUCUGGGGAUGAUCCGAGCAAUUCGGAAGAUCCGCUUGAGUUUUCACUCAGACAUCGACAUGCGGAUCGGAAUCCACUCGGGAUUUGUCCUGUGUGGGGUGCUGGGUCUGCGCAAGUGGCAGUUUGAUGUCUGGUCACUAGAUGUACACAUUGCUGGUGAGAUGGAGAGCUCUGGUCAGCCUGGGCGAGUCCACAUAUCUGAAGCUACGUUACAGUGCUUAGAAGGAGAUUACCAAACGGAAGAGGGAUAUGGCCAUCAAAGGAGCAGUCUUCUGGCGCAGUAUAAUAUCCGGACUUUCUUUAUCAAGCAGCCAUCAGAUUUACCUAUCUCGAAACAAAGACAGUCCAGCAUCGGUCGUCCGAUCGUGAUGCAGGAGCGGAGGAGGGAGAACGUGCACAGCAGUGUGCUGCAGAUAGACGACAAUCUGCUGCACUUGUUGGAGUCCGAGACCCCCUGGAGGCUUGACCAUCCCUUUAACAGGAUCAUCAGCUUGAAUAAAGUUAUGGCGGCCCUGAUGAAGAAAUGUAAGAAAAAGGUAGACAGAUCGAAGGUGCAGUGUCACAGCUUGGCCAGAUUUACUGAGGUGAACUUCAGAGUCGAGAAAGCCAUCCAGCUGCGUAGCAGUGACAAACUGCGGGCAGCCUACAUCAGUGAGAUCACUCUGACCUUCAAGGACCACAACAUUGAAAAGAAGUAUCGCAAGAUCCGGGACGAUGUGUUCACCUCCAGUGUGGCCUGUACCCUCCUCAUGAUGCUGUUCAUCAUCGCAGUACAGCUGGUGUUUACAGUGCCCGAGGAAGAGAUGAGGCUCGGCCACUUCAUCUGCACCGUGCUCGUCCUCUGCUGUCUUCUGUGCUGCACCAUGGCCGAGGGGUUUGCCUGUCUCCCGAAGGCCAUGCACGAAAUGUGCUGUUGGAUACAGGAGACAUACAGUGUCCGGACCACCAUCAUGGUCUUCUCCAUCUCGAUUAAUUUCAUCUCAUCCAUUUACGACAUGAUUUGGUGCCCAAAUUUGAACCCGUUUGAAGAAAUUGGGUACAAUGUGACCAAGUGGACAAACUCUAGCAUGUGGGCAAACAGCAUCUGCAGUCAGCCGGAGUUUUUUAUGCUGGUUGGUGUGCCAACCAUGGUCACUUGUGCUGUCUUUCUCCAUCUGCAUUCGGUUGUGAAGAUGUUGUGUCUUGCACUGAUCAUGGCCAGCUACAUCUACAUUACUGAAGUCGCCCUGGAUCAUGCAGAUCCACAAGUAUCAGUGACCAGUGCCUACACCAGGUGGCAUCAAGGGAUCAUUGUCGUGCUGAUGCUAAUGUUCGUCAUAACUGUGUUUUACCACGGGCGACAGGUCGAGUCAACUGCACGACUGGACGUCCUAUGGAGGCUGCUGGCCAAAAGGGAGAUGGAGGAGAUGGCGGAGUUACGGGAACACAAUGAGAACCUGCUCAACAACAUCCUGCCGAGCCACGUGGCACACCACUUCCUCAACCGGGAACCAGACAACGAGGAUCUUUACUUCAAGUCACACGAUGAUGUGGGGGUUCUGUUUGCAUCCAUCCCAGAAUUUAACGCCUUUUACUCUCAGGCAGAGAGCAACCAGCAGGGAAUGGAGUGCUUACAGCUGCUGAAUGAGAUCAUUGCUGACUUUGAUGAGCUCCUGAGUGAAGAACGCUAUCAGAAGAUUGAAAAGAUCAAAACCAUUGGAAGCACGUACAUGGCGGUAUCAGGGCUGGCUUUACCGAUGGAGGGGACUGCUGAUGCCUGGCACCAUCUCUGCACCCUGGCGGACUUCUCUCUGGCUCUUGAGAACAUCAUGCUUGAGAUUCAAAAGCACUCUUCCAUCAACUUCACGCUCCGUGUUGGGUUCACUCAUGGGCCGGCGAUCUCUGGGGUGAUUGGCGCAAAGAAGCCCCAGUUUGACAUCUGGGGCACCACGGUGAACUUGGCAAGCCGCAUGGACAGCACAGGGGUCAGUGGCAGGAUCCAGGUGCCCGCCCAGACCCGACAGAUCCUCCACCUUCGCGGAUUCGCCCUGCAGUACCGGGGGCCCAUCUACGUGAAGGGUGUGUCGGAGACGCAGGGAAAAGUGGAGACCUACUUCCUGACGGGCAGAGUGAGGGAGGUGGUGAAGCACAAGUGGAGGAGGAGGCAGAGUGCACAGCAGACCCUGUCGGCUUUCGUCUCUGGGCUGGUGCAGAAGAAGAACCUGGAAAUGCCCUCCAUCGAGGAGCAGGACAACUGACCCGGGACCCCUGCCUCCAGCAAAAGCCCAGGCCGUGGUCCAGUCAGACAGCUGCCUGAAAGUAUUCCAUUGUAGAUUGUGGAUUUAAGGAAGACUUUAUAAAUGCUGAGAUGAGAUGGUGUGUGAGGAGAGACUGAGGUCAGUGGUCACAGAGAUGGCAAGGCUCCCCACAGUCUCACCACCACCCCUUGGUCACACGUCCGAGUCGAUGGGCCUGGCUCCCAGGUGACCGGCAGUGGCCCCAGACUCUCUGCCGCAGCUUAAUGCUGUGGGAAACAUGAGGCCGGAACUCAAACAGCCGGGGUAGCUGUGAAAAUGUCACACAAAACUUGGCUGGGACU